CACAGAGCAGAGCAGAGCUGGCGGCCACAGUCGAGCUCUGGAUUGUAAGAGAGAAGCCUCCCGCAGCCCUUCAGCCGCCAUGGACGUCAAGCUGCUGGCCCUGAUGGCUCUGCUGGCCGUGGCCACGCAUGUGCCCACCUCCACCGCGAAGCCCAUCAGUCUGGUUGAGCGCUGCUGGUGUCGAUCCACCCUCAACACCGUUCCUCAGCGCUCCAUCAAAGAGCUCAAGUUUCUGCACACGCCCAACUGCCCCUUCCAAGUCAUUGCCAAACUGAAGAACAACAGAGAAGUCUGCAUCAACCCCGAGACCAAGUGGCUGCAGCAGUACUUAAAGAACGCCAUUAACAAGGUGAAGAAAUCCAGGAGACGUAAUAAUAAGAAGAACUGAAGGCAGAGCGAAGCGCCUGCAGCCCGACGAUUCCCAGGCCAACCUCUGUACCUCCCGGUCUCUGCCUUGGAUGUCAGCCCCCUUCAGACCGCCUGCAGGAGCAGCACUUCACCGCAAAGCCCUCAGAGGGAUGUGUGAGUGUGUGUGUGUGUGUGUGUGUGUGUGUGUGUGUGUGAGAGUGUGAGUGUGUGUGUGUAUUUUGCUUCACACAGCUAUAAAUGCAGCUUCCAAUAUUGCUACCAUCACAUCAAAUCAGAUUAACGUUAAAUAAGAUAUUUUGAUGACUGGUGAAGUGAUGAACUCACAUCAAACACCAAAGGAAAUUUGCAAAUGCAGGUUUUGAGUCAUAAUAAUUGCCUUAUAAAUAAUUAAAACUAAAUAGAAAAAUAACUUUCAUUUCUUCCUGAUUUGAAGUGAUAUUGGCCUUACUGAACAGCUGCUCACAAACCGUUUCACUGAACAGGGAAGCAACAACAACAAUAACAGCCACAUGUUUGCUGUUUGAUUAAAACAGGGAAAAAGUCAAAAACAAAGACGCACUGACCUUCUGGUGCUACAUAUUCAGUGUAAGGGAUCAGAGCCAUGAGCAGAAUUAUCUUUCACUGUACUACUUUUUUAUGCAAAACAAUGAGGAGCUGUUUAGAUUUCAUGAAAUAACUAGUUGGAGUCGUAAGUUACGAAUGGGAGGGAAAGUUAGCCGACGUCGAGUCCACACUGUACGGAAAAAUAAACAAUGACAAAAAAAAUACCAGUCAAUGCAGCUUUUACACUGAUUUCACUUGUGUGUGAUCAGAGACCAAAUAUUUAUUCGGUUCGCCAUAAAACACAUAGAACACAUUUAAAAAAAUUCAUUUAUUGGUUGGAAAAGGAGGGGAAACCUCAAAGGGAACGUUGUAAAUGUUGAGGAGAGAGGAGUUUGACUGCAGUAUUUUCAGACCAACACCUGUCCUCGGUAGGAAGGAAAAGCUAAUGAUCUGUCAGAAGAAGCUGAAGAAACAGAACGAGGGUUCAUUGUGGUAAAUAGGAAAGUUUUGGAUGAUUCAUGUUAUAAAUAUAUAUAUAUUUGAGCCACUUUAUUAUCAGAUUUGUCUUUUCAAUGUGAUUGUUUUUAUUUUUUAUAUUAUGUAUAGUCUUAAUGCUUCUUAAUGCAAUGUACAGUUAGCUACUAAAUGAAGGCUGUUCCAAUUGAGCCCAGUAUUUUAUAUGGAUUCAUGCAGGAUUUCAAAUAUAUGCCGAUCAGCCAUAACAUUAUGACCAUCCAACUAAAAUCUAAAGGAAUAAUCACGAUGGGGUCAUGAAAUGUUACGUUUUUGCCUGUUUUUCUAGUAGAUCAGGCCCAAAAAUGUUCAGAUUCCACCUGACAUAUCACACCCACUAACAAGUCCCACGUUACAGCGAGAGUGUGUUAUUCAAGCCACCUGUCGGAGGUCAUAAUGUCAGGGCUGAUCGCUGCAUGUGCUCUCUUGUUAACAAAUAUGUUAACAUAAUAUGCAACGAAUUCCUUGUCCAAAGGAAUAAAACACUCUGGGUUGUCACUGUUAACAACGUGGGGAGGGAUGAGGAGGUUUGUUCUGUUCUUCUGGUUUCGUGCUCGCCCCAUAAAGCGUCCCUGUGAACCCGUCUCACAUGUAACGGAGAAGAAAUCAUCUAAAUCUGCUCCAUCCAGCGUCCUGAUUGAAAACAAAAUCCUGUGUGGGGAAAUCGUUCUGCUCAUUCUCCCAGUCGUCCCCAUCAAACACUCUGAUUUAA